AUAUAAUCAGACUUGGGACUAACCCUGAGGGUCCUAACCUGUUAGAACAAGAGCUAGAAGAUAUAGCUGACAAAAAGACUGAUUCGCAAGAAAAAGGAAACUUAAAACAAUGGAUCGGAAAUCGUAGAGGAGCUGUGUAUGAGAGAUUAGUUUGGGAUUAUCUGAUGAGAACCCCGGAGAGUGUACGGUCUGCCCUUUUCUAUGGAUUUAAGAGAGAGAUGUUUCUCAGGUUUACUACGAACGCUCCAACCUACAACGUAAAUCAGGAAUAUGAUUUUAUUCUUAUUCUUCCUGAGUACAAGCUGAUGCUCUUCUUAGAGGUUAAAGCGGAUCCCAAAGGAAACUCUAAAUGGGAAAAACAAUUGAUCAAAGCUAAUGACCUAUUUAAAGAGCUUCUGGAGUAUGUGGGGGAAGACACGAACACUACUGAGUGGACUUUCCUUCCUGUGGGAGUUUAUCCUAAUGUGUCUCAGCAG